AUGAGUGGAGAAGAUAGUGAGAUUGAAUCUAUACAUACUGAUAUUAAUAAAAAUAAUUUACAAGUCGACCAAAUAGAUAUUAAUAGAAGUUUAUCAUCGUUGGCAACAACCGGCAUCUCAUUGGAUAAUAUAUUACGAAAAUGUGGUGAUUUUGGUCGAUUUCAAAUUUUACAUUAUAUUUUUAUGAAUUGGAUAUCAAUGAGUUUUGGAAUUAUAUCUUUCUAUUAUGUUUUUGGUGCUGCGGAACCUGAUCAUCGAUGUCGUUUACCAAAUAAUAUCUGGCCAGAUGAUACACAAUAUAAUCCAAUAAAUCAUACGCAUGAAUUAUAUAUUAAUAACUACAUUCCUAAGACUAAAGAUGGAAAAACAUGGGAAAAAUGUAUAGUUUACAAAAUAGAAAAUCAAACGAACACACUUAUAAAUUGUCCAAAUGGUUGGAUAUAUGAUCGAUCAAUUUUUGGACAUACAUUUACUGAAGAAGCGAAUUUUGUUUGUCAAAAUAAAUCACAUAAAAGUUGGUUAGCAACAGCUUUACAAUUUAGUGGAUUUUCAUUACUUAUUAUUGGUUCAUUAGCAGAUAAAUAUGGUCGAAAGAAAAUGACAGUUAUAGUUACUAUUGUUCUAUUUCUUACAUGUCUUAUAACUCAAAUUAUAAUGCAAUGGAUACCAAUGACAGUAAAUACAAAAUUUAUUAUUUUAUUACUCAAUCAAUUUGCAUCAGGUUUAAUUACUGCUAAUUAUAGUUUAGUAUUUAUUUUAAUGCUUGAAUUAACAUCAUCAGCACAUACAAGUUUUGCUGGUAAUCUUUCAUUUAUUUCAUAUACAAUUGGAGAAGUAAUUAUUACUCUAUUUGCAUAUUUGACACGUCAUUGGCAACUAUUAAAAUGGGCUAAUCUUAUUUUUAUUGCUUUAGGAAUACCUUAUCUAUAUUUUAUGCCUGAAUCACCAUUAUAUAUGUAUGCAAAACGACGAUAUAAUGAACUUGAACAUAUCUUACGACGAAUAGCUAAUCAAAACGGACGACAAGAAACAGAUUGGUAUUCAUAUUAUCAGGAUUUUUUACAAAAUCAACCAAAAAAAUCAUCACGUGGAAAUACUGUCACAUCUUUUCAACAGUCUGUUAAUUUACUUACUAAUCGAAAAACAAUAAUUAAAUUAUUAAUUACAAGUCUAAUAGGUUUUACAACAACACUCAUUUAUUUUCAAAUAAGUUAUGGUCUUGCUGCAUUAGAUAUUUCGCCAUAUCUAGGAAUUUUACUAGGUGCUGUAGUCGAAGCAGCCGGUUAUAUAACAAGUUCUGUACUUAUUUCUACUCGACUUGGUCGUAAAGGUUCAUUUAUUAUUAUGAUGAGUUUAACUAUUCUUUGUAUUCUUCUUAUUCCAAUUAUUACAAAAUAUAAUUCAAUUGCAACUAUUUUCAUCGCUCAAUUUGGAAAAUAUUCAAUAUCGGGAACAACUGCAAUAACAUGGAUAUUUGUACCGGAAUUAUUUCCUACAUCUAUUCGAAGUACAGCAAAUGGAUUUUUUCUUGCACUUUGUCGUUUUGGUGCUAUUCUAACACCAAUAUUGAAUGCAUCAGUUAGUAAAGAAUAUACAUCCUAUACAUUCUAUGCAUCAUCAAUAUUGGCUUUUAUCGUUGUUUUAUUUUCAUUACUUUUACCUGAAACAAAAGGUAAACCAAUGGAUGAUGUGCCUGAUUAUAGUAGAAAUAAAAUUGAUAUUUAA